UAGAGCCAAAUCGACAAAUUGAUAAUGCAGCUUAAUAUACCGCUUUUAAAAGUAUAUAUUUCCAACUAUAGUAAUCAGUUCAGUGUCUGUGCUCGAGCAAAAUGAUUGGUGUGGCCAUAGCGAUAUUGUUAAUAAUAUUAUUAUGUGUGCGCUUGUACAAAAAUGCAUAUAUAAAGCCUGGUGAUAAUUUCCCACCCGGACCACCAAGCCUACCCUUGUAUGGCGCAUACUGGAUCGUUCUCAUGAGGCAAAUAAACAACCUGGGUGGCUCAUUGAGAACUCUUGCCAAGGACUACAACACUAAAAUUCUCGGCUUCUACCUCGGCUCCUACGCGACCAUAGUGAUUGACGAUCCAGAACUGAUCAAGAAAGGCCUGUACAAUGAGGACUUUGAUGGACGCUUAGACAUUAUCAUAGCACGCCUGCGUUCGUAUUGGAAAAAGCUUGGUAUCUUCUUUACUGACGGCUACUUCUGGCACGUGCAGAGAAGGUUCUCCUUGCGAUACAUGAGAGACUACGGCUUUGGAAGACGAGCGGAGAGCCUGGAGACUGUUGUUGCAAAUGAAACUAAGGAAAUGAUCGAUAUGGCGAGAAAUGGUCCUAAAUAUCCAACUGAAAAUGAAUUGGUGAAAGGGGACUUGAUAUGCCUACAACACUAUUUCGACGUACCAUUUAUGAAUGGUAUGGUACACAUUUUCGCCCGCACCACAUUGCCCAGGUCGGAGUACAAAGUUCUAUGGGACCUAGCUAGAGAAGUCAUGCUCUUCCAACGAGGAUCCAACGAUUUCGGAGGCGCUAUAACUUUGACGCCGUGGCUGAAAGAUGUUCUACCCGGCUACAGUGGGUACAGGGACAUGAGAAGGGGAAACCAAGCUUUGUUGGAUUUCUUUGAUAAAUUUAUAAAGCAAGCAAUGGCAACGCAUGACGUCAAGUACGAUCGUCAUUUCUUGGAUGUUUACAUUAGAAAGUGGAAAGAAGAGCAAGAGACCGUCAGACGAACGACAUUUUCAGAGCACCAGUUCCAGCUCGUCUGUACUGACUACAUGUUCCCAGCGUCCAGCGCGGUUCAGGCCGUACUUACAUUUUUGGUCGAAAGGCUGUUGCUGCAACCCGAAAUUCAAGACAAAAUUCACGAGGAAAUCGACAGAGUGGUCGGAUGCGACCGCAUGCCAACGCUAGAUGACAGACGGAAUAUGCCGUACACCGAAGCGUGCAUCCGAGAGAUCAUGAGGUAUGAGCCACUGGUGCCUCUUGGAGUGCCUCAUAGAGCUAUGAAGGCUUCGAAGUUUGGGGGAUAUGACAUACCUGAGAACUGCGUAGUUUCCUUUAACUACCUUUCUUUGCACCACGACAAAGAAACCUGGGGCGAUCCAGAGAACUUCAGACCAGAGCGCUUCAUCGAGGACGGGCAGCUACAAGUAUCCAAGGAUAAAUCCCUACCUUUUGGAGCCGGCAAGAGGCUCUGCGCAGGAGAAACUUUCGCUCGGCAGUCGAUGUUCCAAGUGUUCGCCGCAUUCAUGCAAGCGUUCAGCGUCUCCACGGCAGACGGGAAGCCAUUGAAGCAGCCCAUGACAAGAAUACAGGGCAUCAUCACCACGUUGCCAGAGUUUUGGGUCCGCGUCACACCUAGAUUUUAGCGGCCUUAGAUGCCUUACCACAAAAAAAUUAAACGAGCGUUGAACGCUUAUUUUAAACCUGACAGAGUUCCCAUACAAAAACUAUUAAAAGGUCAAUUUAGUCA